UGAAGCCGGCAGGGAGAGGCCGACAGGGCCGGCUCUGGUGGCUCCAGCUUCCCUCCAGCUCUGGCUCCCGGGAGCUGUUUUGAAAUUCUCUCAGCGCCUGGUAUUUUCAUGCAUUUGGCCGGGCCCCACAAAGCUGAGUCCACAAUGCGCCGGCAUGAGGAAAAAGAUGCCGAGCUGGACCGCAGGAUAGUUGCCUUGCGCAAGAAGAACCAGGCCUUACUACGAAGGUACCAGGAGAUCGAGGAAGAUCGUCGGCAGGCGGAGCAGGGGGGCAUGGCUGUGACCACUCCAGGGCUCCUCCAACCCGACAGCCUCACGGUCACCAUCAGCCAGGUUCCCGGUGAGAAGAGAGUGGUCAGCAGAAACUGGGCCAAGGCGCCCCUUUCACCUGGAGUGACUGUCACACUGACAGAUGAUGAAGAUGCUGCAGACGCACCGGGUACUUUCAGCAUGGGGGACCGGGUGGAACUUGCUGUCACCAUGGAAAACAAAGCCAAGGCCAAAAGGAUAGUAAGUGAGAAACCCACGACCCAAGCACGGAGCCCAAGGGCAAAGGGGACAUCUGGAGGAGGCCGGAGCUGGAGUUCACCCUUGCAGAUGACUUCCAACUCAGAUUCAGCAGGGAAGGGUGUUCUGGAGCCCCGGAGUCCAGGCGUGGUCCCAAGUCCACCUCCCCAACAGUCCUUGGGGCUGUCCCCUGAGGCCAGCUGGGACUACAUGCAGUGGAAACAAGAGAGAGAGCAGAUUGACCUGGCCCGCCUUGCCCGGCACAGAAACCCACAGGGUGACUGGAGCCGCCCGUGGGACCUGGACAAAGCCAAGCCCAUGCCACAGAAGUACAACAAGCCUCGGGACAAGGACCUGGCCAUGGGCAGCAGGAAGGGUCCUAGGACCCACCAGAAGCCUCAGCACCCACAAUCAUCCCUGGAUGGAAAACGUUGGGGUGGACGAUCUGGAAGACCCUCGAUGACAUCCACCAUAGGCAGCAACGCCCAGGGGAAGGAGAGGCUAACUGGCAGGGCCCGAAGGUAUGACAUGAAAGAAGAUGAGACGCUGCAGAGCCAGGAGGGAAGCCAGAGCAGCACGAAGACUCCCAGUGCUGAGGAAGAAUUCGUACAGAAGCGGAAUGAAAGGGUGCCAGACAGACAAGAGACCAUGCCUGCAACCAGCCCAAUUCCAGCCUCCCCAGAGGGGCUAAAAGGAGAGUCGGGGACCUCUACAGCCAGUUUGGCCCCAGACUCUCCACAACAUUCUGACUUGGCUCCCCUCGACCUCUCUGUGGGAGGAGCUAGCAGCCCCAAGCCUGGAAAAAGUACAUGUAUACUCAGUCCAAAGGCUGGGGCUCAGCAAAGUCCAGUGUCAUGGCCAAAUGGUUCUGAGCAGCAGACACUGGGAUGCACUGACCACCAGCCUGGGCUGGAAGUCCACAGUUGCAUUGAGUCACAGAGGGAAGCACAGACCCCAGAGCCCAAGGAGGACAGGGCUGGCAAGGCUGGGGCCCAGGAGAAUCUGACACCAAGAAGCAGGCCCUCCAGAGGAAUUGGCCCAAGGUCAAGAGGCACAAGUAAAAGAAGCAGGGCAGGAGGUCCUGGCCCUGCAGGAAGAUGCUGAGUGGAGCUCAGGAGAGUUGGGGAGCUAGGCUGCGAAGGGGAGAACUCAGUCAAGAGUCUUGUGUGUGGUGGGAGUUACGGCUGCUGGUGGGAGUCUGGUACCUUUCUGGUUGAGCAAUGCAGCAAAAUUCCACAGGGACACCGUGUAAGGGCCUCUUAUGCAUACCUCUACACUAGUGGGUUUCUACAUGUAGUCAAGGCUCUUGGUGUAUUGGCCAGGCUGGGAUCUCUUGUUCAAGGCUGGUAUCCCUGUCCUGGUCUUACCUAGGCCAUAGGCAUUUCCCACCAAGCAAGAUUUGGUAGGACCCCAAUACAUGGAUCUCCUGGCUCCUUAUAGUUCGUCAUUGCCAGGUCUCCCUCUCCAGUCACAAGCCUUCAGGCUCCUGAGCUCUAGGCAGUCUCAAAGAUGGUAUGGCCAGCCUAGCCCCUUUCUGAUAAUCAUGCCUUUAUCCAGGUGACUCACAGUUCUGCUCUUCUAAGAUGGCCAAACCAGGAUUUCAACAGUCGUUUGAGGCCUAGAGAAAGUGGUUUGGGGCUCAUGGCUGACAGGAACACAGGUGGAGAGGAACAGAAAAACCCAAGGCUUCUUGGGGGGACGGGACAUCCAGCGGGGCUCUUUGAACUGUGCUAGGAUUCUCCUUUUGCCACGGGAGAAUGAGAGAGCUCACUAGCAGGUGCUGAGCCUUCCUCCGAAUAUCCAGAUCAGACAUCGUGGGUGCCCUGAAUAGACCCUGUAGCCCAGGGUCAUUUCCUGCCCUCUCUUCCUUCUCCACUUUCCCUCACCAAGGCCAUGCAAAAGCAAGCACACAGUACAGUCAGAGGAUUAGCAACCUCAGCUAAGUGCAUCAGGAUGUGUCUUUCCAACUCCAUCCAGGCCCCUCCCAUGAGGCCCACGUCUGGUGAAUUAUCCAGACUCUGCACAAGCUGUGGCUUCCUUUUGAUACAACAAACAUUUCCUGAGCAUCUUCUCCCAGUAAUCCAGCCAGUGGGCGAGGGUGACUCUGCCAGCCGGAGGGAGGGAAGACACUCAGUCAUCCGACAGCUCAAGGCUGAAUGGCAAGUGCUGUUCUCAUCUGUAGAAGCCUGGUAGCCCUCGGUGUGAUGAGGGUAGGUGCCUGAAGAGACCCACCCUGCCUCUGCUCCCCUCUUUUGAUAUGGCAUGUGCCCUUUGCAUCUUGGUGGCACCAUGCAGCCCCCUCCUCCCCUCCUCUCUACAAGGGUAACUGGGUCUUCCAUAACCCUCAUCUUUACACGUGAGGCCUUCAACUUGGGUUCCUGCCUUGUUCUUCCUUCCUGCCUCUUGGUUCCAUGUCUAUUCCCUCUACUCAGGCAGGGGUGACUGACUCUUCAGCAGGUCAGGCUGUUUAGAGAACUCUUUUCAUGUUUUUGUGUGAUGUGUGGUGCAGGUUGAACUCAGUGGGUCUGGGGAAGGCCUGAACGUUAGCAUUUCUAAUAUGUCCCAGGUGAGGGAGACAUGGCCUCCUUUUUGGCUGAAGAACCCUUUGAGGAGUCAGGUUCUGGAUUCGAGUGUGUGAAGGGUUCAGAUUAGAGCAGACUCUAGAUCUAAAGCAAGUUUCCAGCUCUGCAAGAACUAGGGGAAUGCUACCCUGGCAAGUGGAAGAGGUCUCCUGGCUUCAGAGGUGCCCGUAGAAGAUUCCUCAGCAGUGCAUAGUGGAGUCAACUCUGUAGUGCAUCAAAAGGAAGCUGAUUGGGAUGUGACAGGAUGAAGGGGGGUGGAAGAGUCAGUGUGGUGGCUAAGAGGAAGUCCAGAAAGGGAAAAAAAUAUUCCUGUACAUAGGAGACACGCCUGGGCCAGAGUGUAGAAUCCAAAUUCACGUUUUCAUUUUGCCUUCCAGUCUCAAGUAUAUUUUGACUUUGAAGUGUGACACAGGCCCUGGUGCUCAUGACUCCUAAAGAUGGGACUGGAACAGAGCAGGUUCAGGCAGAGAGAGCUCUUGAAUCCAGAUGUUGCAAAGAAAUGGCUGUGAUCAAGAAUCUGAAUCCUUGGCUGGGGCGUAGGUUGGUAGAGUCCAUUCUCAGCACGCAUGAACUCACAGGUUCAGUCUUUAGGACAGACAGACAGACAGAGGAAAUGAGAAGAAUAGAAAGGAAGAGAGGAGAAAAGGAGGGAGUAGGGAAGAGGGAGGGAGAGAGAAAAGAUUCACAGUUUGCUUCCCACUUGAUGUUGCCAACUGUGCAAUGCGAUCCGUCAGACAACAUAGGGCAAGGCAAGUUUGACCACAGGUUGAGGAUGUAAAAAUCUGGCAGGGUUCUGGUUCAGUCUUUACAAAUGAACCUAAGCAGGAGAAGGAGCCAUUAGAGAGGACUAAGAGGACAUGGGGCUUCUCUUCAUGGGCAACAGCCUUUAGGGCACUGAGGAAAGCUGUCCCGGGGAUUGGUGAGAAUGGAAGCCAACACAGGACACCUUCAUUCCAGAAGCCUGCAGUGUGGGCAACAGCAGGAAACUCUUCCUGAGAAAGGGGAGCUCUUCUCCAGGAAAAGACACAGGCCACACCUCCCAACUCUCUGUCCAGGUUGUACCAUCCUGCUCUGUUAGAGUCAACUAUGGAGCGGAAGAAACCCAGGUCAACCAUUCCUCUCGAGGCCUCCAAGGGCCAGCCAUGGUUCUUCCUAGUUCCUAGGUCUGACGCAGAGUCUUCCCUUAGGAAACCCUCUUCCCUCCAACAAGUAGACAAGACGACUGUUUAAAAGUCUGAGUCGUCAUUAACAACGAACAACUCUGGGAAACCAGAUGCAGGGCUGGAAGGAGCCAAGCAAGGAGGGUACCCAGGAGGAGCUGGCAGGGCAAGAACACCUGGAGAUGAGGGGAACAGAGCGGGGGAAAAUGGAGAGCAUCCUGUCAGACAGGUGCGAGUUGAGAUCUCAGGCACCAGGUAGAGCGAAGCACACCUUGGAGUCUGAGAGAGUAAACCCUGCACCUCUCAUCUACCUUGCUCAACGUUAACCUCUAAAAGCCUCAGUCCCCUUACCUGCAGAAGGAGGCUUGCUGUACUGACCUUGAAGGGUUGCUGACAAUACUAGAGUGUGCAAACCAUGCCUACACUAAGUGGACACUCUGGGAACAGUAGCCCGAUGCUCUGAAAACAUGAUGAAUAAAUGAAGUGGGCGUUGA